AUGACCAAAACGCAAAAACCAAAAACUUUAACUACUAAAAAGCGAACUCCAGCAUUCGUAAAACUUUCGAAGUCAGAUAAACCAGAACCUCCUAAGAAGGAAAUCCGCGAGAAACCAACAUUGCAACCUAUCCCUAUUCAAGUCACCGCAUCUAAUGAAACCGCGUCUCGAACCACGACUAACUCACCAAGAAAUCAAGAAAAACCUUGCAUAAUUUCAAAGCCUCCUCCUAUUCAUGUGAAAUCUAUCUUAGCAAAGAGCCGUAGAGUAUGUAGGCAGAGAGGUGGUUUGUGCAUUAUACUCUUCUGUCAAAGACAAAUCUCUUCCAUCCUUCAGGCAUGGCCCUCGGGCACUCUCUUAGUCAUCCAUCUCUUGUGGGUGUUACCUCCCACCUCACGCUUCGGCGGUAAUGCACACCAGCAACAUCAAGGGCUCGACCGCUCAACGGGGCAACUUCAUUGCCACGAAUUAUAA